AUGCUCGUUAGUAGCGGCAAUGGCGGCAGUUCCCCUUCUCCGUUCUUCUUUCCAGUGGUUCAAGAUUAUGGACUUGCUUUUGAGAUGAGCUUAGAGUUGGUGAUUGCUUUUGGAUUAAUACGCUUCAAAAGUUGGUAUCUCGUUAUAGACUCGUUGUCUUGUAUAUUCGUUAUUGGAUAUUGGAUUCAUUUGGAAGAGUCUUUGCCUCUUUCCCCUGAAAAUAACCAAACCACCCUCGAGCAACGCUUAAAUGAUUUCAUCCGAGAAACGAGGGAGGAGAAUGCCAGACUUAAAGAAACCAUCACUAAAGAGAUGCUGGGAGAAAUUCAAGAACUUCGCCACGAAACACUUUCACCGCUUCAAACGGUUAAGAGCACACUCGCGAAGAUUAUGGAAAUGAUCCAAUCCCAGGGAGAAACAGAUGUGAAUGUCGUAACACUGAGAAGCGGGAGAGCACUUCCAGAAGUUGUUCCACCUCUGCCGCAAUCUAUUCCGACAGAAGAACCAAGGAUGGACAAUAAAGAGACCACCAACUCGACGCAAGUCGAACGAGCACUUGAAGAACUUAGAAGCGAAGAAAUACAACCACAACCCUCUCGGAAAGGGAAAGAAAUCAUGCAAGAACCACCACCUGUGCCGAAAGCAAAACUUCCAUUCCCUCAGAGAUUCCGCACUGAUAUCGACAACGCCAAGUACGAUAAGUUCUUACAAAUGCUACGCCAAUUACACAUUGAUAUGCCAUUCAUCGAUGCAUUAGGAGAAAUGCCGAGGUAUGCCAAAUUUCUUAAAGAUCUUUUGUCUAACAAGAAAAGACUGUCUGAAACUGCUACUGUUGUGUUAGGAGAAGAAUGUUCUGCUAUAUUACGUAAGGAUGUGCCCCGGAAGUUAAAAGAUCUGGGUAGCUUUACUAUCCCUUGUAAUAUAGGAGGAACGACUUUUAAUAGAGCCUUGGCAGACUUAGGUGCUAGCAUUAAUCUAAUGCCCUUUGCCCUAUAUCGAAAACUGAAUUUAGGAACUCUUAAGCCUACACGCAUGUACAUUCAGUUAGCUGACCGAUCCACCAAAUACCCCAGGGGUAUAGUGGAAGAUAUUUUAGUACGAGUCGAUAAAUUCAUUUUUCCAGUGGAAUUUGUGAUUUUAGAUAUGGACCCAGAUGUGGAGAUUCCUCUCAUCUUGGGCAGACCUUUCUUGGCGACCGCUAGAGCUUUAAUAGAUGUGGGGGAAGGCAAACUCGUUAUCCGUGUAGGAGACGAAUCCGCCAGCUUCGACGUAACCAAAAUCAUGAAGUAUCCUCUAGAUGGGGAUGAAUGCUUUUUCGUUGACUAUGUGCAUGAAGCUAUAGGACUGGGUGUAAAGCGAUUCGUUCUGAGAGCGCGACAUAGAAUUAGUACCCUUGAAGAAAUUCUGGGCAUAAUGGUUUAG